AUGUCAGACUUCCGCACACGCAUACCUUGCAGAGAAAUCGCCUCUCUCAGUAAGCUCUACGACGUACUGACGAACGAAUAUGGAAACAUGUACUAUAAGUUGGAGACGGAAAAGAACGAGCAAGGCGAGCUCUUCUGGGUGGUUGGUGUCUCGAGCCAUUUUGCGCGUGACGUGCGAGAACUUUUGAUCACAAAGGGGGUUCUUCGACAUCCUGCGAGAUCACGGGGAUUUACGGCAAUAAAGGUGUCAAAAUCUCAAGAAAAUUCACUGCCUGAAGUGAUUGAUCUCACUAGGGAUGAUCCCGAUGAAGAGACUCUUCAGGUACUCGAGAGUCCAGGCACGGCAAACACCUCACGAAAUCUGACUUCUGGACCACGGCAAUAUCUUCCCGAGACCGAAAAAAUAAAAGCCCACAUUGACAAGUCAGUAGCGAAUAAACGAGAUAACCCUAAGAAAACACAACAAAAAGCUGUUACACAAACUCCAAAUCACCAUGGCCGAGCUGAACAAGGACCAGUCGCAACAUGCAACAGUGCGGUUGGCCAAGGAGACCGUUCGACUGGGAGAAUCCCAAUAUAUAUGCUACUCGGGAACGCUCACACUCAAGCUUGA